CUACGACGUCACCAGUUACAACUGAAGCUAGCACCACAACUACUCAAAAGACUUGCAUAACAACUAACAGCAUGGAUUCCCCGUACAAUGCACCAAAUAUUUCUAGCGAUACAACCUCAAUCCAACCGGUCGAUAUUUCGCAAAUGAGUACUGAAUUCGGUUAUAAUGUGGCGGAAAGCCCGUUCAGUAUUACCGUCGAGUUCCCAUCUGCUGUCAUCGUUGACACAUUUCAAGUAAUCAAUUUUCCCGAUACUAAUAUCCAGUCGAUGAAUGCUGCGAUAGAAGAAGGUGAAAGUAUGACUCAGCCGAUUCAGAACGGCAAUGGGCUGAUUACUUUCAAUCAAAACGAAAAGGUUAAGAGGUUUAAAGUCACAUUCUAUUCUUACCAACCGAUGACUAUCAGGUUCAAGAUAUUUGUAUGUGCUGAAGUAACGACUACAGUAAGUACGCCGACGGUUUCAACAUCUACAUCACCAAGUAGAACUACAUCACCGACCCCAACUAUCAUCUCUUCUACAAUAACGUCUUCACUAUCAACAGAAUCAACUGCUACUACUCCAUCUGAGACGUCAACUGCCUCUACAAUAGGUUCAACGACAACAGAAGAAAAAACCACUACAUCACCUUCUACAAUCGAGGCAUCAACAUCUACAGUAACAACAACACCAAGUACGACAACUUCGGUUUCCACUAGCUCAACAACGCGCCCGACUACCAGCAGCUCAACAGGGACAACAUCUACUCCACCCACUACAACCGAGGCUCCAACCACAUCUAUUACAACAGAGAAAUUCACAACAAGUGAAGUAGAGACAUCAACACCUACGCCAACAACAUCAACUACACCAUCAACUACGCCCUCAACAACACCAUCAACUACGUCAUCCACAACACCAUCAACUACGUCAUCAACUACAUCAUCAAUUCUAUCAACACCAUCUACGUCAACGUCAACAUCAACCAUUACGACAUCGGAAACAACCACUGGUUCAACAUCAACAAAAGGCACAACCUCUACGCCACCUUCAACCACCGAGACGCCAACAACAUCUACCACAACUGGAACAACAAAGGCAUAUACUGGUACAACAACAGCUGGCACUGGGGCAACACAAGAGAGUACUACAACAUUAAAGACUACCACAAUAGUCUCGACAACGACCGAAGAAGCCACUCACCCGUCUCGACCUACUACAACCGAAGCACCAACAACAUCUUCCACACAAGGUUCAACACCAACAGAAGGCACAACAACUACGUCACCUUCAACAACUGAGACGCCAACAACAUCUAUCACAACUGAAUGCGUGUCUCUCAUGAUUGACGGCGGUUCUAAUGUAGAGGACGUUAACACAGUUGUUGAAAAUGGAAACGGAGAUGGAAUUAAAUCUCCGUUCGCGUCAAGUGAUGCCAGCCAACCUUCUGUCAUCAAGUACACGAUCAAUGCUCUACAAAACACUGUUGAAUUCCUCGAAUAUACCGCCUCGGUAACGGCUAUCCAAAACGUCACUGUAACGGUGAUAGACGAAAAUGGCAACCCUGUCGGUCAACCAGUGGAGGAGCAAGUAUCCUCGCCAUUGACCAACACAAUAGUUACUCUAAACCUGGGUGGUAAGACCGGAUCUACGUUGAGUGUCGUCCUUGAGCCAACACCAUCUGGAACACCUGGUUUGACUGACGUUACGAUUAAGGCUUGUUACAAACAAGUAACAACAACACCAAGUACGACAACUUCGGUUUCCACUAGCUCAACAACGCGCCCGACUACCAGCAGCUCAACAGGGACAACAUCUACUCCACCCACUACAACCGAGGCUCCAACCACAUCUAUUACAACAGAGAAAUUCACAACAAGUGAAGUAGAGACAUCAACACCUACGCCAACAACAUCAACUACACCAUCAACUACGCCCUCAACAACACCAUCAACUACGUCAUCCACAACACCAUCAACUACGUCAUCAACUACAUCAUCAAUUCUAUCAACACCAUCUACGUCAACGUCAACAUCAACCAUUACGACAUCGGAAACAACCACUGGUUCAACAUCAACAAAAGGCACAACCUCUACGCCACCUUCAACCACCGAGACGCCAACAACAUCUACCACAACUGGAACAACAAAGGCAUAUACUGGUACAACAACAGCUGGCACUGGGGCAACACAAGAGAGUACUACAACAUUAAAGACUACCACAAUAGUCUCGACAACGACCGAAGAAGCCACUCAACCGUCUCGACCUACUACAACCGAAGCACCAACAACAUCUUCCACACAAGUUACAGGUUCAACACCAACAGAAGGCACAACAACUACGUCACCUUCAACAACUGAGACGCCAACAACAUCUAUCACAACUGAAUGCGUGUCUCUCAUGAUUGACGGCGGUUCUAAUGUAGAGGACGUUAACACAGUUGUUGAAAAUGGAAACGGAGAUGGAAUUAAAUCUCCGUUCGCGUCAAGUGAUGCCAGCCAACCUUCUGUCAUCAAGUACACGAUCAAUGCUCUACAAAACACUGUUGAAUUCCUCGAAUAUACCGCCUCGGUAACGGCUAUCCAAAACGUCACUGUAACGGUGAUAGACGAAAAUGGCAACCCUGUCGGUCAACCAGUGGAGGAGCAAGUAUCCUCGCCAUUGACCAACACAAUAGUUACUCUAAACCUGGGUGGUAAGACCGGAUCUACGUUGAGUGUCGUCCUUGAGCCAACACCAUCUGGAACACCUGGUUUGACUGACGUUACGAUUAAGGCUUGUUACAAACAAGUAACAACAACACCAAGUACGACAACGUCGGUGUCCACUGGCUCAACAACUCGUCCGACUACCAGCAGCUCAACAGGGACAACAUCUACCCCACCCUCUACAACCGAGGCUCCAACCACAUCUACCACAUCAGGUGCAACAUCAACAAAAGCCACAACCACUACGACACCUUCAACAACCGAGACGCCAACAACAUCUACCACAACAGAAUGCGUGUCUCUCAUGAUUGACGGCGGUUCUAAUGUAGAGGACGUUAACACAGUUGUUGAAAAUGGAAACGGAGAUGGAAUUAAAUCUCCGUUCGCGUCAAGUGAUGCCAGCCAACCUUCUGUCAUCAAGUACACGAUCAAUGCUCUACAAAACACUGUUGAAUUCCUCGAAUAUACCGCCUCGGUAACGGCUAUCCAAAACGUCACUGUAACGGUGAUAGACGAAAAUGGCAACCCUGUCGGUCAACCAGUGGAGGAGCAAGUAUCCUCGCCAUUGACCAACAAAAGAGUUACUCUAAACCUGGGUGGUAAGACCGGAUCUACGUUGAGUGUCGUCCUUGAGCCAAGACUAUCUGGACAACCUGCUUUGACUGACGUUAAGAUUAAGGCUUGUUACAAACAAGUAACAACAGCACCAAGUACGACAACGUCGGUGUCCACUGGCUCAACAACUCGUCCGACUACCAGCAGCUCAACAGGGACAACAUCUACCCCACCCUCUACAACCGAGGCUCCAACCACAUCUACCACAUCAGGUGCAACAUCAACAAAAGCCACAACCACUACGACACCUUCAACAACCGAGACGCCAACAACAUCUACCACAACAGAAUGCGUGUCUCUCAUGAUUGACGGCGGUUCUAAUGUAGAGGACGUUAACACAGUUGUUGAAAAUGGAAACGGAGAUGGAAUUAAAUCUCCGUUCGCGUCAAGUGAUGCCAGCCAACCUUCUGUCAUCAAGUACACGAUCAAUGCUCUACAAAACACUGUUGAAUUCCUCGAAUAUACCGCCUCGGUAACGGCUAUCCAAAAAGUCACUGUAACGGUGAUAGACAAAAAUGGCAACCCUGUCGGUCAACCAGUGGAGGAGCAAGUAUCCUCGCCAUUGACCAACACAAUAGUUACUCUAAACCUGGGUGGUAAGACCGGAUCUACGUUGAGUGUCGUCCUUGAGCCAAGACUAUCUGGACAACCUGCUUUGACUGACGUUACGAUUAAGGCUUGUUACAAACAAGUAACAACAGCACCAAGUACGACAACGUCGGUGUCCACUGGCUCAACAACUCGUCCGACUACCAGCAGCUCAACAGGGACAACAUCUACCCCACCCUCUACAACCGAGGCUCCAACCACAUCUACCACAUCAGGUGCAACAUCAACAAAAGCCACAACCACUACGACACCUUCAACAACCGAGACGCCAACAACAUCUACCACAACAGAAUGCGUGUCUCUCAUGAUUGACGGCGGUUCUAAUGUAGAGGACGUUAACACAGUUGUUGAAAAUGGAAACGGAGAUGGAAUUAAAUCUCCGUUCGCGUCAAGUGAUGCCAGCCAACCUUCUGUCAUCAAGUACACGAUCAAUGCUCUACAAAACACUGUUGAAUUCCUCGAAUAUACCGCCUCGGUAACGGCUAUCCAAAAAGUCACUGUAACGGUGAUAGACAAAAAUGGCAACCCUGUCGGUCAACCAGUGGAGGAGCAAGUAUCCUCGCCAUUGACCAACACAAUAGUUACUCUAAACCUGGGUGGUAAGACCGGAUCUACGUUGAGUGUCGUCCUUAAGCCAACACCAUCUGGACAACCUGCUUUGACUGACGUUAAGAUUAAGGCUUGUUACAAACAAGUAACAACAGCACCAAGUACGACAACGUCGGUGUCCACUGGCUCAACAACUCGUCCGACUACCAGCAGCUCAACAGGGACAACAUCUACCCCACCCUCUACAACCGAGGCUCCAACCACAUCUACCACAUCAGGUGCAACAUCAACAAAAGCCACAACCACUACGACACCUUCAACAACCGAGACGCCAACAACAUCUACCACAACAGAAUGCGUGUCUCUCAUGAUUGACGGCGGUUCUAAUGUAGAGGACGUUAACACAGUUGUUGAAAAUGGAAACGGAGAUGGAAUUAAAUCUCCGUUCGCGUCAAGUGAUGCCAGCCAACCUUCUGUCAUCAAGUACACGAUCAAUGCUCUACAAAACACUGUUGAAUUCCUCGAAUAUACCGCCUCGGUAACGGCUAUCCAAAAAGUCACUGUAACGGUGAUAGACAAAAAUGGCAACCCUGUCGGUCAACCAGUGGAGGAGCAAGUAUCCUCGCCAUUGACCAACACAAUAGUUACUCUAAACCUGGGUGGUAAGACCGGAUCUACGUUGAGUGUCGUCCUUAAGCCAACACCAUCUGGACAACCUGCUUUGACUGACGUUAAGAUUAAGGCUUGUUACAAACAAGUAACAACAGCACCAAGUACGACAACGUCGGUGUCCACUGGCUCAACAACUCGUCCGACUACCAGCAGCUCAACAGGGACAACAUCUACCCCACCCUCUACAACCGAGGCUCCAACCACAUCUACCACAUCAGGUGCAACAUCAACAAAAGCCACAACCACUACGACACCUUCAACAACCGAGACGCCAACAACAUCUACCACAACAGAAUGCGUGUCUCUCAUGAUUGACGGCGGUUCUAAUGUAGAGGACGUUAACACAGUUGUUGAAAAUGGAAACGGAGAUGGAAUUAAAUCUCCGUUCGCGUCAAGUGAUGCCAGCCAACCUUCUGUCAUCAAGUACACGAUCAAUGCUCUACAAAACACUGUUGAAUUCCUCGAAUAUACCGCCUCGGUAACGGCUAUCCAAAAAGUCACUGUAACGGUGAUAGACAAAAAUGGCAACCCUGUCGGUCAACCAGUGGAGGAGCAAGUAUCCUCGCCAUUGACCAACACAAUAGUUACUCUAAACCUGGGUGGUAAGACCGGAUCUACGUUGAGUGUCGUCCUUAAGCCAACACCAUCUGGACAACCUGCUUUGACUGACGUUAAGAUUAAGGCUUGUUACAAACAAGUAACAACAGCACCAAGUACGACAACGUCGGUGUCCACUGGCUCAACAACUCGUCCGACUACCAGCAGCUCAACAGGGACAACAUCUACCCCACCCUCUACAACCGAGGCUCCAACCACAUCUACCACAUCAGGUGCAACAUCAACAAAAGCCACAACCACUACGACACCUUCAACAACCGAGACGCCAACAACAUCUACCACAACAGAAUGCGUGUCUCUCAUGAUUGACGGCGGUUCUAAUGUAGAGGACGUUAACACAGUUGUUGAAAAUGGAAACGGAGAUGGAAUUAAAUCUCCGUUCGCGUCAAGUGAUGCCAGCCAACCUUCUGUCAUCAAGUACACGAUCAAUGCUCUACAAAACACUGUUGAAUUCCUCGAAUAUACCGCCUCGGUAACGGCUAUCCAAAAAGUCACUGUAACGGUGAUAGACAAAAAUGGCAACCCUGUCGGUCAACCAGUGGAGGAGCAAGUAUCCUCGCCAUUGACCAACACAAUAGUUACUCUAAACCUGGGUGGUAAGACCGGAUCUACGUUGAGUGUCGUCCUUAAGCCAACACCAUCUGGACAACCUGCUUUGACUGACGUUAAGAUUAAGGCUUGUUACAAACAAGUAACAACAGCACCAAGUACGACAACGUCGGUGUCCACUGGCUCAACAACUCGUCCGACUACCAGCAGCUCAACAGGGACAACAUCUACCCCACCCUCUACAACCGAGGCUCCAACCACAUCUACCACAACAGGAACAUCCACAACAACUGAAAUAGAGACUUCAACAUCUACGCCGUCAACAUCAACAACACCAGCAACAACACCAUCAACUACGUCAUCAGCAACAUCGUCAACUACACCAGCAACACAAUCAACACCAUCUACAUCAGCGUCAACAUCAGCCAGUAAGACAUCGGAAAUAAGCACUGAGGUGACUACCCAUAGUGUAGGCUCUACAACAUCUUCACCUUCCUCAACCGUAACUACAAAACAAUCAACUUCAGAGGUUACUACGUCUGCGCCAACAACAUCUGUACCAACGACCUCUAGUGUCGCGUCAACCACUACUGGUUCUACGCCAUCAUCCGCUACAUCACCAGAAUUAACUACCACGCCAUCUGUGGAGACAACAACGACCGAGGUGACUACCCAUAGUGUAGGCUCUACAACAUCUUCACCUUCCUCAACCGCAACUACAAAACAAUCAACUUCAGAGGUUACUACGUCCGCGCCAACAACAUCUGCGCCAACGACCUCUAGUGUCGCGUCAACCACUACUGGUUCUACGCCAUCAUCCGCUACAUCACCAGAAUUAACUACCACGCCAUCUGUGGAGACAACAACGACCGAGGUGACUACCCAUAGUGUAGGCUCUACAACAUCUUCACCUUCCUCAACCGCAACUACAAAACAAUCAACUUCAGAGGUUACUACGUCCGCGCCAACAACAUCUGCGCCAACGACCUCUAGUGUCGCGUCAACCACUACUGGUUCUACGCCAUCAUCCGCUACAUCACCAGAAUUAACUACCACGCCAUCUGUGGAGACAACAAUGACCGAGGUGACUACCCAUAGUGUAGGCUCUACAACAUCUUCACCUUCCUCAACCGCAACUACAAAACAAUCAACUUCAGAGGUUACUACGUCCGCGCCAACAACAUCUGCGCCAACGACCUCUAGUGUCGCGUCAACCACUACUGGUUCUACGCCAUCAUCCGCUACAUCACCAGAAUUAACUACCACGCCAUCUGUGGAGACAACAAUGACCGAGGUGACUACCCAUAGUGUAGGCUCUACAACAUCUUCACCUUCCUCAACCGCAACUACAAAACAGACAACUUCAGAGGUUACUACGUCCGCGCCAACAACAUCUGUACCAACGACCUCUAGUGUCGCGUCAACCACUACUGGUUCUACGCCAUCAUCCGCUACCUCGCCAGAAUUAACUACCACGCCAUCUGUGGAGACAACAACGACCGAGGUGACUACCCAUAGUGUAGGCUCUACAACAUCUUCACCUUCCUCAACCGUAACUACAAAACAAUCAACUUCAGAGGUUACUACGUCCGCGCCAACAACAUCUGUACCAACGACCUCUAGUGUCGCGUCAACUACUACUGGUUCUACGCCAUCAUCCGCUACAUCACCAGAAUUAACUACCACGCCAUCUGUGGAGACAACAACGACCGAGGUGACUACCCAUAGUGUAGGCUCUACAACAUCUUCACCUUCCUCAACCGCAACUACAAAACAAUCAACUUCAGUGGUUACUACGUCCGCGCCAACAACAUCUGCACCAACGACCUCUAGUGUCGCGUCAACCACUACUGGUUCUACGCCAUCAUCCGCUACAUCACCAGAAUUAACUACCACGCCAUCUGUGGAGACAACAACGACCGCGGUGACGACCCAUAGUGUAGGCUCUACAACAUCUUCACCUUCCUCAACCGCAACUACAAAACAAACAACUUCAGAGGUUACUUCGUCCGCGCCAACAACAUCUGUACCAACGACACCUAGCAUCGCGUCAACCACUACCGGUUCUACGCCAUCAUCCGCUACAUCACCAGAAUUAACUAGCACGCCAUCUGUGGAGACAACAACGACCGAGGUGACUACCCAUAGUGUAGGCUCUACAACAUCUUCACCUUCCUCAACCGCAACUACAAAACAAUCAACUUCAGAGGUUACUACGUCCGCGCCAACAACAUCUGCACCAACGACCUCUAGUGUCGCGUCAACCACUACUGGUUCUACGCCAUCAUCCGCUACAUCACCAGAAUUAACUACCACGCCAUCUGUGGAGACAACAACGACCGCGGUGACGACCCAUAGUGUAGGCUCUACAACAUCUUCACCUUCCUCAACCGCAACUACAAAACAAACAACUUCAGAGGUUACUUCGUCCGCGCCAACAACAUCUGUACCAACGACCUCUAGUGUCGCGUCAACCACUACUGGUUCUACGGCAUCAUCCGCUACAUCACCAGAAUUAACUAGCACGCCAUCUGUGGAGACAACAACGACCGAGGUGACUACCCAUAGUGUAGGCUCUACAACAUCUUCACCUUCCUCAACCGUAACUACAAAACAAUCAACUUCAGAGGUUACUACGUCCGCGCCAACAACAUCUGUACCAACGACCUCUAGUGUCGCGUCAACCACUACUGGUUCUACGACAUCAUCCGCUACAUCACCAGAAUUAACUAGCACGCCAUCUGUGGAGACAACAACGACCGCGGUGACGACCCAUAGUGUAGGCUCUACAACAUCUUCACCUUCCUCAACCGCAACUACAAAACAGACAACUUCAGAGGUUACUACGUCCGCGCCAACAACAUCUGUACCAACGACCUCUAGUGUCGCGUCAACCACUACUGGUUCUACGGCAUCAUCCGCUACAUCACCAGAAUUAACUAGCACGCCAUCUGUGGAGACAACAACGACCGCGGUGACGACCCAUAGUGUAGGCUCUACAACAUCUUCACCUUCCUCAACCGCAACUACAAAACAGACAACUUCAGAGGUUACUACGUCCGCGCCAACAACAUCUGUACCAACGACCUCUAGUGUCGCGUCAACCACUACUGGUUCUACGGCAUCAUCCGCUACAUCACCAGAAUUAACUAGCACGCCAUCUGUGGAGACAACAACGACCGAGGUGACUACCCAUAGUGUAGGCUCUACAACAUCUUCACCUUCCUCAACCGUAACUACAAAACAAUCAACUUCAGAGGUUACUACGUCCGCGCCAACAACAUCUGUACCAACGACCUCUAGUGUCGCGUCAACCACUACUGGUUCUACGCCAUCAUCCGCUACAUCACCAGAAUUAACUACCACGCCAUCUGUGGAGACAACAACGACCGCGGUGACGACCCAUAGUGUAGGCUCUACAACAUCUUCACCUUCCUCAACCGCAACUACAAAACAGACAACUUCAGAGGUUACUACGUCCGCGCCAACAACAUCUGUACCAACGACCUCUAGUGUCGCGUCAACCACUACUGGUUCUACGGCAUCAUCCGCUACAUCACCAGAAUUAACUAGCACGCCAUCUGUGGAGACAACAACGACCGAAUCAACAACAACAUUGCAACUAACAACGCCAUGUCAGGAAGAAGACGUUAUGCUAAGGCCAGAUAUAAUUAACGUGAAUGAUAUCACUAUUGUAUCGGAAGGAUUACCCGUAGAUCUGGAUGAUAAUGCAGCGUUCUUGACAUCCUUCGCAGAGUUUGCAGAAUUACAAGAAAAUGCUGCAAUUACUUUGACAUUCAAUAAAUUGAUAUCGCCGAUUACUGUAAAAAUAUCUGGACCCGAAGGUGGCAACGGUGGAAACGUUCAGCAGUAUCUUUUGGAAUUCCCAGAUACUAGUUAUACGCCGAGGAGAGAACUGACUGGUGAUGAGGUAUUCAGUAAACUAACAAUCGUUUUAGAAGAAAAGGUUGUACCAUCUGAGCCGUAUAGGAUCCAUAUAGAAAUAAUGCAAUGUCAAGAAGGAGAAACAGAAACCACGUCGACAAGUUCAACCGUGUCAACAACAGUGUUAUCAACAACGACUGGUGCAGAAACAUCCGCAACAUCAGCGCCAACAACGACAGCAGUUACAGGUACUACGCGUGUUAUAACAGAAGAAUCGCCUACAUACGUGCAUACCACAAGGGGAACCGGGCAUCGUUCUACUACUACACCAGUGCAAUCAUCGACAUCUUCGAUUCUCUCAACGCAAUCUAGUUCAUCUUCUAUAACAAUCGGAGGAACAUCAACAACGCCAUCUUCUUCCACAUCGUCUACGUUUACAGAAACUACGCCCUCCGCUAUUUCGACAACGCCACAAAUAACGACGACCGCUACAACUCCUACGGCAUCAACUUAUCCGUCAGAAACAAUGACUUUGACAACUGGUACAUCUCCUUCUGCAACUAGUCAUAGUACAACUACGGGAACACAAACAGAACAAUCUACAACAACAGCUGGCACUGGUGCAACUCAAGAGAGUACUACAACAUUAAAGACUACCACAAAAGGUUCAAUAUCGACCAAAGCCACUUUCCCGUCUCGACCUACUACAACCGAAGCACCAACAACAUCUUCCACACAAGAGGAGACUACAUCUGGUGUGCAGACAACAACAGGCACCCAAUCCUCAACAGUAACUACGGGAAAAACAACGUCCGCACCAAGUACGACAUCUGUACCUACGUCAUCUAGGUCAACGGCAACAACUGCUGGUUCUACACCAACUGAAACACCUUCAUUAUCUACUACGCCAUCUGUAGUGUCAACAACAUCAGAGGUCACCGGAACACAAACAGAACAAUCUACAACAACAGCUGGCACUGGUGCAACUCAAGAGAGUACUACAACAUUAAAGACUACCACAAAAGGUUCAAUAUCGACCAAAGCCACUUUCCCGUCUCGACCUACUACAACCGAAGCACCAACAACAUCUUCCACACAAGAGGAGACUACAUCUGGUGUGCAGACAACAACAGGCACCCAAUCCUCAACAGUAACUACGGGGAAAACAACGUCCGCACCAAGUACGACAUCUGUACCUACGUCAUCUAGGUCAACGGCAACAACUGCUGGUUCUACACCAACUGAAACACCUUCGGUAUCUACUACGCCAUCUGUAGUGUCAACAACAUCAGAGGUCACCGGAACACAAACGGAACAAUCUACGACAACAGCUGGCACUGGUGCAACUCAAGAGAGUACAACAACAUUAAAGACUACCACAAAAGGGUCAACAAGGACAACGGCCACCAAGCCAUCUCGACCAACUACAACUGAGGCACCAACAACCUCUACCACACAAGAGGAAACUACACAAUCAUCCACAGUAACAACUUCUUCCGCGAGUACAACAUCCGCACCAACAACGACAUCUGUAUCGAGAUCUAGUACCACAUCAGCAACGUCUGGUUCCUCAACACCGUCAGAAACGACAACUUAUGUCAGUACAACGUCAGCACCAACAACGACAUCUGUGUCGAGAUCUAGUACCACAUCAGCAACGUCUGGUUCCUCAUCAACGUCAGAAACGACAGCUUCAGUGAGUACAACGUCCGCACCAACAACGACAUCUGUAUCAAGAUCUAGUACCACAUCAGCAACGUCUGGUUCCUCAACACCGUCAGAAACGACAGCUUCUGCGAGUACAACUUCCGCGCCAACAACGACAUCUGUAUCAAGAUCUAGUACCACAUCUGCAACGUCUAGUUCCUCAUCAACGUCGUCAGAAACGACACCUUCAGUGAGUACAACGUCCGCACCAACAACAACAUCUGUAUCAAGAUCUAGUACCACAUCAGCAACGUCUGGUUCCUCAACACCGUCAGAAACGACAGCUUCUGUGAGUACAACGUCAGCACCAACAACGACAUCUGUGUCGAGAUCUAGUACCACAUCAGCAUCGUCUGGUUCCUCAACACCGUCAGAAACGACAGCUUCAGUGAGUACAACGUCCGCACCAACAACGACAUCUGUAUCGAGAUCUAGUACCACAUCAUCAACGUCUGGUUCCUCAACAACGUCAGAAACGACGCCUUCAGUAUCCACGACGCCAUCUGUUUCAACAACAACAGUUACUGUGAGUACAACGUCCGCACCAACAACGACAUCUGCGUCGAGAUCUAGUACCACAUCAGCAACGCCUGGUUCCUCAUCAACGUCAGAAACGACAGCUUCUGUGAGUACAACUUCCGCACCAACAACGACAUCUGUAUCAAGAUCUAGUACCACAUCAGCAACGUCUAGUUCCUCAUCAAAGUCAGAAACGACACCUUCAGUGAGUACAACGUCCGCACCAACAACAACAUCUGUAUCAAGAUCUAGUACCACAUCAGCAACGUCUGGUUCCUCAAAACCGUCAGAAACGACAGCUUCAGUGAGUACAACGUCAGCACCAACAACGACAUCUGUAUCAAGAUCUAGUACCACAUCAGCAACGUCUGGUUCCUCAACACCGUCAGAAACGACAGCUUCUGCGAGUACAACUUCCGCGCCAACAACGACAUCUGUAUCAAGAUCUAGUACCACAUCAGCAACGUCUGGUUCCUCAACACCGUCAGAAACGACAGCUUCUGUGAGUACAACGUCAGCACCAACAACGACAUCUGUGUCGAGAUCUAGUACCACAUCAGCAACGUCUGCUUCCUCAACACCGUCAGAAACGACAACUUAUGUCAGUACAACGUCAGCACCAACAACGACAUCUGUGUCGAGAUCUAGUACCACAUCAGCAUCGUCUGGUUCCUCAACACCGUCAGAAACGACAGCUUCAGUGAGUACAACGUCUGCACCAACAACGACAUUUAUAUCGAGAUCUAGUACCACAUCAGCAACAUCUGGUUCCUCGACACCGUCAGAAACGACAGCUUCAGUGAGUACAACGUCCGCACCAACAACUACAUCUGUGUCGAGAUCUAGUACCACAUCUGCAUCGUCUGGUUCCUCAACAUCGUCAGAAACGACAGCUUCUGCGAGUACAACGUCCGCACCAACAACGACAUCUGUGUCGAGAUCUAGUACCACAUCAGCAACGUCUGCUUCCUCAACACCGUCAGAAACGACAACUUAUGUCAGUACAACGUCAGCACCAACAACGACAUCUGUGUCGAGAUCUAGUACCACAUCAGCAUCGUCUGGUUCCUCAACACCGUCAGAAACGACAGCUUCAGUGAGUACAACGUCCGCACCAACAACGACAUUUGUAUCGAGAUCUAGUACCACAUCAGCAACAUCUGGUUCCUCGACACCGUCAGAAACGACAGCUUCUGUGAGUACAACGUCCGCACCAACAACGACAUCUGUAUCGAGAUCUAGUACCACAUCAGCAUCGUCUGGUUCCUCAUCAACGUCACAAACGACAGCGUCUGUGAGUACAACGUCCGCACCAACAACGACAUCUGUAUCGAGAUCUAGUACCACAUCAGCAACGUCUAGUUCCUCAUCAACGUCAGAAACGACACCUUCAGUGAGUACAACGUCCGCACCAACAACAACAUCUGUAUCAAGAUCUAGUACCACGUCAGCAACGUCUGGUUCCUCAACACCGUCAGAAACGACAGCUUAUGUCAGUACAACGUCCGCACCAACAACGACAUCUGUGUCAAGAUCUAGUUCCACAUCAGCAACGUCUGGUUCCUCAACACCAUCAGAAACGACGCCUUCAGUAUCCACUACGCCAUCUGUUUCGACAACAACAGUUACUGUGAGUACAACGUCCUCACCAUCAACGACAUCUGUGUCGAGAUCUAGUACCACAUCAGCAACGUCUGGUUCCUCAACACCGUCAGAAACGACGGCUUCAGUGAGUACAACGUCCGCACCAACAACGACAUCUGUGUCAACAGCUAGUUCCACAUCGGCAUCGUCUGGUUCCUCGACACCGUCCGAAACGACGGCUUCAGUGAGUACAACGUCCGCACCGACAUCUACAUCUGUGUCAACAGCUAGUACCACAUCAGCAACGUCUGGUUCUUCGACACCGUCAGAAACGACAGCUUCAGUGAGUACAACGUCCGCACCAACAACGACAUCUGUAUCGAGAUCUAGUACCUCAUCAGCAACGUCUGGUUCCUCAACACCGUCAGAAACCACAACUUCAGUGAGUACAACGUUCGCACCAACGACUACAUCUGUAUCGAGAUCUAGUACUACAUCUGCAACGUCUGGUUCGUCAACACCGUCAAAAACGACGCCUUCAGUAUCCACUACGCCAUCUGUUUCGACAACAACAGUUACUGUGAUUACAACGUCUUCACCAACACCGACAUCUGUAUCAAGAUCUAGUACCACAUCAGCAACGUCUGGUUCUUCGACACCGUCAGAAACGACAGCUUCCAUGAUUACAACGUCCGCACCAACAACGACAUCUGUAACGAGAUCUAGUACCACGUCAGAAGCGUCUGGUUCCUCAACACCGUCAGAAACGACAGCUUCAGUGAGUACAACGUCCGCACCAACGACUUCUGUGUCGAGAUCUAGUACCACAUCAGCAACGUCUGGUUCCUCAACACCGUCAGAAACGACAGCGUCUGUGAGUACAACGUCCGCGGCAACAACGAAAUCUGUAUCGAGAUCUAGUACCACAUCAGCAACGUCUGGUUCCUCAACACCGUCAGAAACGACAGCUUCAGUGAGUACAACGUCCCCACCAACAACACCAUCUGUGUCGAGUUCUACUCCAGCAUCAACAACGUCUGGUUCCUCAACACCAGCUUACACAUCACCUUCUGUAUCAACUACGCCAUAUCUGACGACACCAGCCACAAAGGUCACCGAGACUACGCCUUCUUCAUUUUCUUCACAAACAACGAAAACCGUUACACCUACUGUAUCAACGUAUCCGUCAGAAACAAUGACUUUGACAACGGUGGUUUCUACUGGUACACCUCCCUUUACAACUAGCCAUGGCACUUCCACGGAAGAGACUACAUCCAGUGUACAGUCAAAAAUAACGACAGCUGUUUCGAGCUCUAGCACCUCGUCAACAACCUCUGGUUCCUCGACACCAAAUGAAACGACAUCAGUCAGUACAACGUCCACACCAACAACGACAUCUGUAUCAAGAUCUACUACCACGUCACCAACAUCUGGUUCCUCGACACCAACUGAAUCGACACCUGUCAGUACAACGUCCUCACCAACAACGACAUAUGUUUCGAGCUCUAUUGCCACAUCAACAACGUCUGGUUCUUCGAUACCAACUGAAACAGCACCUUCGGUAUCUACUACGCCUUAUGUGACGACGCCAGCUACAGAGGUCACCGGAACGCAAACGGAACAAUCUACAACAACAGCUGGCACUGGUGCAACCCAAGAGAGUACUACGACAUUAAAGACUACAACAAUAGGGUCAACAACGACAACGGCCACCAUGCAAUCUCGACCAACUACAACUGUGGCACCAACAACAUCUACCACACAAGAGGAGACUACAUCCGGUGCACAGUCAACUACAGCUACACAAUCAUCAACAGUAACAAAGAAACCAACAACCGUGAGUACCACGUCCGCACCAACAACGACAUCUGUGUCGAGAUCUAGUACCACAUCAGCAACGUCUGGUUCCUCAACACCGUCAGAAACAACAGCUUCAGUGAGUACCACGUCCGCACCAACAACGACAUCUGUGUCGAGAUCUAGUACCACAUCAGCAACGUCUGGUUCCUCAACACCGUCAGAAACGACAGCUUCAGUGAGUACCACGUCCGCACCAACAACGACAUCUGUGUCGAGAUCUAGUACCACAUCAGCAACGUCUGCUUCCUCAACACCGUCAGAAACGACAACUUCAGUGAGUACAACAUCCGCACCAACAACGACAUCUGUGUCAACAGCUAGUACCACAUCAGCAACGUCUGCUUCCUCGACACCGUCAGAAACGACAGCUUCUGUGAGUACAACGUCCGCACCAACAACGACAUCUGUGUCAACAGCUAGUACCACAUCAGCAACGUCUGCUUCCUCGACACCGUCAGAAACGACAGCUUAUGUCAGUACAACGUCCGCACCAACAACGACAUCUGGAUCAACAGCUAGUACCACAUCAGCAACGUCUGGUUCCUCAACACCGGCAGAAACGACAGCUUCAGAGAGUACAACUUCCGUACCAACUACGACAUCUGUAUCAAUACCUAGUACCACAUCAGCAACGUCUGGUUCCUCAACACCGUCAGAAACGACAGCUUCAGUGAGUACAUCGUCCGCACCAACAACGACUUCUGUGUCAACAGCUAGUACCACAUCAGCAACGUCUGGUUCCUCGACACCGUCAGAAACGACAGCUUCAGUGAGUACAACGUCCGCGCCAACAACGACAUCUGUAUCGAGAUCUAGUACCACAUCAGCAACAUCUGGUUCCUCAACACCGUCAGAAACGACAGCUUCAGUGAGUACAUCGUCCGCACCAACAACGACAUCUGUGUCAACAGCUAGUACCACAUCAGCAACGUCUGGUUCCUCGACACCGUCAGAAACGGCAGCUUCAGUGAGUACCACGUCCGCACCAACAACGACAUCUGUGUCGAGAUCUAGUACCACAUCGGCAACGUCUGCUUCCUCAACACCGUCAGAAACGACAACUUCAGUGAGUACAACAUCCGCACCAACAACGACAUCUGUGUCAACAGCUAGUACCACAUCAGCAACGUCUGGUUCCUCGACACCGUCGGAAACGACACCUUCUGUGAGUACAACGUCCGCACCAACAACGACAUCUGUGUCAACAGCUAGUACCACAUCAGCAACGUCUGCUUCCUCGACACCGUCAGAAACGACAGCUUCUGCGAGUACAACGUCCGCAUCAACAACGACAUCUGGAUCAACAGCUAGUACCACAUCAGCAACGUCUGGUUCCUCGACACCGUCAGAAACGACAGCUUCUGUGAGUACAACGUCCGCACCAACAACGACAUCUGGAUCAACAGCUAGUACCACAUCAGCAACGUCUGGUUCCUCGACACCGUCAGAAACGACAGCUUAUGUCAGUACAACGUCCGCACCAACAACGACAUCUGUAUCAAAAGUUAGUACCACAUCAGCAACGUCUGGUUCCUCAACACCGUCAGAAACGACAGCUUCCGUGAGUACAACGUCCGCACCAACAACGACAUCUGUGUCAACAGCUAGUACCACAUCAGCAACGUCUGCUUCCUCGACACCGUCAGAAACGACAGCUUAUGUCAGUACAACGUCCGCACCAACAACGACAUCUGUAUCAACAGUUAGUACCACAUCAGCAACAUCUGGUUCCUCAACACCGUCAGAAACGACAGCUUCAGUGAGUACAACGUCCGCACCAACAACGACAUCUGUGUCAACAGCUAGUACCACAUCAGCAACGUCUGCUUCCUCAACACCGUCAGAAACGACAGCUUCUGUGAGUACAACGUCCGCGCCAACAACGACAUCUGUAUCGAGAUCCAGUACCACAUCAGCAACAUCUGGUUCCUCAACACCGUUAGAAACGACAGCUUCCGUGAGUACAACAUCUGCAUCCACAACAUCUGCAUCGACACCUAGUACCACAUCGGCAACGUCUGGUUCCUCAACACCGUCAGAAACGACAGCUUCAGUGAGUACAACGUCCGCACCAACAACGACCUCUGUAUCAAGAUCAAGUACCACAUCAGCAACGUCUGGUUCCUCGACACCGUCAGAAACGACAGCUUCAGUGAGUACAACGUCCGCACCAACAACAACAUCUGUAUCGAGAUCCAGUACCACGUCGGCAACGUCUGGUUCCUCAACACCGUCAGAGACGACAUAUUCAGUGAGUACAACGUCCGCACCAACAACAACAGCUGUAUCGAGAUCCAGUACCACGUCGGCAACGUCUGGUUCCUCAACACCGUCAGAGACGACAUCUUCAGUGAGUACAACGUCCGCACCAACAACAACAUCUGUAUCGAGAUCUAGCACCUCAUCAGAAACAUCUGGUUCCUCGACACCGUCAGAAACGACAGCUUCCGUGAGUACAACAUCUGCACCCACAACAUCUGCAUCGACACCUAGUACCACAUCGGCAACGUCUGGUUCCUCAACACCGUCAGAAACGACAGCUUCAGUGAGUACAACGUCCGCACCAACAACGACCUCUGUAUCGAGAUCUAGUACCACAUCAGCAACGUCUAGUUCCUCAACACCAUCAGAAACGACAGCUUCAGUGAGUACAACGUCCGCACCAACAACAACAUCUGUAUCGAGAUCCAGUACCACGUCGGCAACGUCUGGUUCCUCAACACCGUCAGAGACGACAUCUUCAGUGAGUACAACGUCAGCACCAACAACAACAUCUGUAUCGAGAUCCAGUACCACCUCGGCAACGUCUGGUUCCUCAACACCGUCAGAAACGAUAUCUUCAGUGAGUACAACUUCCGUACCAACAACGACAUCUGUAUCGAGAUCUAGUACCACAUCGGCAACGUCUGGUUCCUCAACACCGUCAGAGACGACAUCGUCAGUAUCCAGGACCCCAUCUGUUGCGACAACAACAGUUUCUGGAACACAAACGGAACAAUCUACAACAACAGCUGGCACUGGUGCAACUCAAGAGAGUACUACAGCAUUAAAGACUACUACAAUAGGGUCAACAACGACAACGGCCACCACCCAAUCUCGACCAACUACAACUGUGGCACCAACAACCUCUACCACACAAGAGGAGACUACAUCUGGUGAACAAACAACAGCUACAAAAUCCUCUACAGAGACAAAGAUACCAACGACUUCCGCGAGUACAACGUCCGCACCAACAACAACAUCUGCAUCGACACCUAGUACCACAUCAGCAACAUCUGGUUCCUCAACACCGUCAGAAACGACAGCUUCCGUGAGUACAACAUCUGCACCCACAACAUCUGCAUCGACACCUAGUACCACAUCGACAACGUCUGGUUCCUCAACACCGUCAGAAACGACAGCUUCAGUGAGUACAACGUCCGCAACAACAACGACCUCUGUAUCGAGAUCAAGUACCACAUCAGCAACGUCUGGUUCCUCAACACCGUCAGAAACGACAUCUUCAGUGAGUACAACGUCCGCACCAACAACAACAUCUGUAUCGAGAUCUAGUACCACAUCGGCAACGUCUGGUUCCUCAACACCGUCAGAAACGACAGCUUCUGUGAGUACGACAUCCGCACCAACAACUUCAUCUGUAUCGGUUUCUAGUACCACGUCGGCAACGUCUGGUUCCUCGACACCGUCAGAAACGACAGCUUCAGUGAGUACAACGUCCGCACCAACAACAUCUGUUUCGACAUCUAGUACCACGUCAGCAACGACUGGUUCUUCGAUCACGUCAGAAACGACAGCUUCAGUGAGUACAACUUCCACGCCAACAACGACAUCUGUAUCAACAUAUAGUACCACGUCAGCAACGACUGGUUCUUCGAUCCCGUCAGAAACGACAGCUUCCGUGAGUACAACAUCUGCACCCACAACAUCUGCAUCGACACCUAGUACCACAUCGGCAACGUCUGGUUCCUCAACACCGUCAGAAACGACAGCUUCAGUGAGUACAACGUCCGCAACAACAACGACCUCUGUAUCGAGAUCAAGUACCACAUCAGCAACGUCUGGUUCCUCAACACCGUCAGAAACGACAUCUUCAGUGAGUACAACGUCCGCACCAACAACAACAUCUGUAUCGAGAUCUAGUACCACAUCGGCAACGUCUGGUUCCUCAACACCGUCAGAAACGACAGCUUCAGUGAGUACAACGUCCGCACCAACAACAUCUGUUUCGACAUCUAGUACCACGUCAGCAACGACUGGUUCUUCGAUCACGUCAGAAACGACAGCUUCAGUGAGUACAACUUCCGCGCCAACAACGACAUCUGUAUCAACAUCUAGUACCACGUCAGCAACGACUGGUUCUUCGAUCCCGUCAGAAACGACAGCUUCAGUGAGUACAACUUCCGUACCAACUACGACAUCUGUAUCAAUACCUAGUACCACAUCAGCAACGUCUGGUUCCUCAACACCGUCAGAAACGACAGCUUCAGUGAGUUCCACGUCUGCACCAACAACAACAUCUGUAUCGACAUCUAGUACCAUAUCAACAACGUCUGGUUCCUCAACACCGUCGGAAACGACAGCUUCAGUGAGUUCCACGUCUGCACCAACAACAACAUCUGUAUCGACACCUAGUACCACAUCAGGAACCUCUGGUUCCUCAACACCGUCGGAAACGACAGCUUCUGUGAGUACAACGUCCGCACCAACAACUUCAUCUGUAUCGGUUUCUAGUACCACGUCGGCAACGUCUGGUUCCUCGACACCGUCAGAAACGACAGCUUCUGUGAGUACAACGUCCGCACCAACAACGACAUCUGUAUCGAGAUCUAGUACCACGUCAGCAACGUCUGGUUCCUCAACACCGUCAGAAACGACAGUUUCAGUGAGUACAACUUCCGCACCAACAACGACAUCUGCAUCAACACCUAGUACCACAUCAGCAACGUCUGGUUCCUCAACACCGUCAGAAACGACAGCUUCAGUGAGUUCCACGUCUGCACCACCAACAACAUCUGUAUCGACAUCUAGUACCACAUCAGCAACGUCUGGUUCCUCAACACCGUCGGAAACGACAGCUUCAGUGAGUACAACGUCUGCACCAACAACAUCUUUAUCGACAUCUAGUACCACGUCAGCAACAUCUGGGUCCUCAACACCAGUUGAAACGACAGCCUCUGUAUCAAGUACGCAAUCUGUGACGACAUCAGCUACGGGGGUCACUAAAACUACGCCUUCCACAACGAAAACUAUUACGACGCCUACUGUAUCGACUUAUCCGUCAGAAACAAUGACUUUGACAACUGCUGUUUCUACUGGUACAUCUCCCUCUACAACUAGUUAUAGAACAACUACGGGGACAUCAACGGAACAAUCUACGACAACAGCUGGCACUGGUGCAACUCAAGAGAGUACUACAACAUUAAAGACUACUACAAUAGUCUCGACAACGACCGAAGAAGCCACUCACCCGUCUCGACCUACUACGACCGAAGCACCAACAACAUCUUCCACACAAGGGUCAACAACGACACAGGCCACCACUCCAUCGACUACAUCUGAGGCACCAACAACAUCUACCACACAAGAAGAGACUACAUCCAGUGUACGGUCAACAUCAGCUACACAAUCAUCUUCAGUAACUGAAACAACAGCCUCAGUGAGUACAACGUCCGCAACAACAACAACAUCUGUAUCGAGAUCUAGUACCACAUCAGCAACGUCUGGUUCCUCAACGCCAGCAGAAACGACACCUUCAGUGAGUACAACGUCCGCACCAACAGCAACAUCUGUAUCGAGAUCUAGUACCACGUCAGCAACGUCUGGUUCCUCAACACCGCCAGAGACGACAGCUUCAGUGAGUACAACGUCCGCACCAACAACAACAUCUGUAUCAAGAUCUAGUACCACAUCAGCAACGUCUGGUUCCUCAACACCGUCAGAAACGACAGCUUCAGUGAGUACCACGUCCGCACCAACAACGACAUUUGUAUCGAGAUCUAGUACCACAUCAGCAACGUCUGGUUCCUCAACACCGUCAGAAACGACAGCUUCAGUGAGUACAACGUCCGCACCAACAACAACAUCUGUAUCGACACCUAGUACCACGAAAGGAACAUCUAUUUUCUCGACAUCAACUGAAUCAACAUCUUCAGUAUCAUCAUCUGUGGUGGCAACAACCACAAUUGUCACCGGUACGCCACCUACCAAUCCACCCACAACUACUCCAUGUGCUCAUAAAUCUAUUGAAAUGAGAGAAAACCUGCAGAAUAUUAAGGUUACAGUCGUCGGGGAACCCACAAAAUAUGCCGGAUCAGCAGUUACAGGAACACUUACGCUGGAAGAUGGUACAGAAGAGACAGUUAUCGCAGAUAUCAUCGAAGUCAAAGAAUUGAACAAUCCAGUGUUUAGUGUUACUUUCAAUACUGAUUACGUUAAUCGUGCAGUAGUUGCAUUAGAAACUGCAUCGGGAAUCCGUUCAGGAAGCGAACAGAAACAAUACCUACAAGGUUUCAAAGAUGAAUCUGUCACAGUGAAUUUCAAUGGUGUGAAGGGAAGCAAACUUCGUAUAACGUUAUACAAGGAAGCGAACCAACCAGAGAAAAUGGAGAUUUCGAAAUUGAAAAUAACAGCAUGUUUCGAAUCCACAGCUUGUGAAUUAACAACCGUGACGAACGACAAUGCUGAGGACUUUGUAUCGGUAACCGACUUCAACGGAAAUGAUGCUGGGCAAAUAUUUGUCUCCGGUAACUUGACUGGACUUCCAAGAAAUGAUGGAAACAUUACUCUGACAUUACGUUUGAAUGGAGCAACACUUUUCACUAUGCCUGUAUCAUAUAGCGAAGUCUCAUUUGAACUAAUAUACAUGUCCUACACAAUUUAUAAUAGUACAUUAAAUCCGAGCAGUAAGACGGGAAUGGAUAUUCAUUUUGAUGGUAUAUUCAAAAAAAUGGAUACCUUGACCAUUGUUAUCACGCCUACUGGCGAUCAACCUAUGUUUAGCAUCAACGGGUUCAUUGGCUGUAUGGAGGGCAUAGAGACAACCACAGCUACGACUACAACUUCUGUGGAAACUACGUCAGCUCCUAUAUCUACGGUCACGUAUCCUACAGGUACAUCUUCAUCGAAUCCACCCACAACAACUACACCUUGUGUUCAUACAUCUAUUGAAAUGGGCAAAAACGAACAGAACAUUGAUAUUGCAAUUUUGGAUCAGCCAACCAUGUACGCUAAGAAGGCAGUGACAGGGACAUUAGAAUUACCUGCUGACACUGUUGAGACUGUUAUCGUAAGAUUGGCUGAAACCUCGGAAAAGAAUAACCCUAUUUUCAGUCUCUCUUUCAAAGCUAAUAACAUAAUUUCUGCCGAAGUUGUACUUAAAACUGAAACCGGAGACAUUGUAGGACAACCACAGACAGAACUGUUGAUGGGUAAUAACGACGAUGUGGUAUUCGAGUUCAAUGGUGAAGAAGGCCACGAAUUCGAAAUAAAGCUCACAAAAGCAUCGAACGGGACAGAAAAAAUGCAAAUAUCGGAGGUUAAGAUAACAGCAUGCUUUGAAUCAACAGCUUGUAUAUUGACACCGACCGUAACAAACGAAAACUACGAAGACUAUGUAUUGGUAACCGAUAGAGACGGAUCCGUUGUUGACUCAGUAUUCACUACAGGUGAUAUGAAUGCGGUUGCAUAUUCAUCUGAUGGCAGCAUCCCGCUUAUAUUUAAUUUCAACGGAGCUACACUAUACACCCUAUCUGUGUCAUAUUCUGGGGCAUCCGUUGAAGUGAUAGACGGGAUUAAUAAAAUUCCACUCCGAUUCUCAAAUGAUUCGGUUACCAUGGCCCUUCAUUUUGAUGGCAAAAUCAAAGGUAUCGACACCUUAGAAAUCGUUGUUAAGCCUGGUGCAGGAGAAAAUAAUCCUACAUUUAAGAUUAAUGAGAUAGAAGGCUGCAUUGGACUCCGGGAGACUACAGUUGUGACUACGACUCCUGUUCAGACUACAACACCAACUACUUCGAUCAGUGUACCAACAGAAACAGAAACACCAACAGUUAUGACUACAACACGUGGGGAGACUACAACAUCUGCUACUACAAUCAGUGUCUCAACAGGAGUCACUAGUGAAUACUCGACCGGGACACCAACCACAAGUGUCAGUGCUACAUCAACAGUUCCGUCUGUAACGACGCCUUCAACAACAUUCUCAGCCACAUCUACGUUUUCGGUACCAACAACAACCAUUACCAUAACACCAACAACAACAAAGAUGACGACUUCUGCCACUUCGACAACUAUGUCCACAACUACUGUAGGUCAUGGACAAUGUGAAGUGAAUACAGUAUCGUUACAAUCACAAAUCGGCUAUCAAGACUACGUAGACAACAAUGAACCCAUUGGAUAUUAUCUCGAAAAUGGCGUUCAGGUACCGGUGUCUCCUCAAGAUGUCAUAGAAGAAGGAGAGGUCGUUCACUUCUACUGCCAGAACUGCACAUGUGCUGCCGUUGGCCAGUGGGCCUGUAAUGACAGGGUUGAACCUUGUUCUUGUUCGUAUUUUGCUUGGUCGGAUUGGACAAACUGUAACAAAGAAUGUGGUACUGGUACCCAUAGUAGGACUAAGAAGCUGAUCCCUGGAAUGUAUAGUUGUGAAGAGGAGAAAACAGAAGUGGAAUCCUGUCAUGUGCGAGAUUGUGUAACCACCACUACGCCCGAACCCUGGUCACCUUGGACAAUAUGCAACGCUCCUGACUGUGACACUGGCACGCAGACACGUACCCGAUGUGAAUCGAAUGAUAUCAGUUGCCGCGAAGAAAGAAUUUGCAGUAAAAACAACACAAAUUGCCCUUGUGAAGACGGAAAGGAGUUUAAACCGGUUUGUGACUACGCAUGCAAUAGUACAUGUAAAGCGUACCGAACAUCAAAGUGUGACGAAAGCGAGGACUGUGACAAUAUGGCUUGCAUAUGUGCCGAUGGUACAACUGAACACAACGGACAAUGUAUAGAAUUCGAGAAAUGCCCGUGCUUUGAUGAUGAUGGAACACCUAUGAUUCAAAACACGACGAAGAAAUACGAAGAAUUGUGUAAAGAAUGUACCUGUACUAAAGACGGAAUGGUUUGCAAAGACAUUGAAGAAUGUUGUUACCACAAUCCUUGGUCUGAAUGGUCUGAAUGCUACAACAACAAAAUGUGCGGAAACGGGGAACGGACACGUGACAGCACAGUGCGCUACGGCAGAGGUCCAGAUUGUCAAGACGCACAAGAAGUCGAACCAUGCGUCCUACCAACACCAUGCGGUCAGUGUGUGUAUGGCGGUAAAGUCUAUAACGAUAGUGAUGUUGUUGAAGAAGACAGCGAACUCUGUAUAAAGAAAAUAUGUACUAACGGAACUGUAGUCGAUGAGCCCAUAAAAGGAGUUAAUGGCGCGUUUUCUGAAUGGCUUAACUGGGGAGCAUGUUCCGCUACAACGAUGCAAUGUACUGGGUCGAGAGAACGACGUAGAUUGUGCAAUAAUCCAGUUCCAAAAUGUGGCGAUCCCUGUGUCGGCGAGGAAUUGGAUACCGAAGAAUGCAACUCAUCCAUAUGCUGUGCAGUCACUCAGUGGUCAUCAUGGAAUGAAUGUUCUUCGGAUUGUGGUGGCGGUACCAAGGAGCGAACACGAACUCUACUUGAGCCUUCUGAUGCAGCGUACUGUUCUCAGAAAUUGACAGAGACGGAAGCAUGCAAUACCCAGAGCUGCGAGACUAACUGCACCGUUGGAGAAUGGACAGAAUGGAACUCGUGUAGUGUUACUUGUGGACCAGGAACCAAAUCGAGAACAAGAGUAAUCACAAGUGAAAUAAUCGAGGAUUGCCCACCCUUAAAUGAAACAGCUGAUUGCUAUCCACAAGACUGUGUGUGUGAAAACAUGCAUGAGACGUGGACUAAUUACUCUGGCUGUGAAAGGUCAUGUGAAAAUAGAUAUGCAAACAAUCAAUGUACAGGCCCUCCAGCUUGUGAAUGUGAGGUAACCUAUGUACGAAAUGAAGAUGGCGUAUGUGUGAAGGAGCACGAAUGUGACAAAUGUAAACUUGCCAACAACACUAUAGUAGAGGAGGGUUCUGUGUUUGCCAAUCCAUUAGACAAAUGCAGUGAAUGCAGAUGUGAGGCUGGAAUGGUAACAUGUAAUUCCAAAUGUAAACAAGACGUUCAGUGUUAUGAGGGUGAAAUAAAAGUUUUAGAUGAUGAUGGCUGCUGCUUUGUAUGCAAGAAAGACACAUGUAAAAUGCAUACGAUGACUAAGAAAGUGGACAACAUCGCAUUCGAUUCAUAUACAAAUUGUACAAUGAAAGUAACCACUCAUAUACAAUUACUGUUCCGGUGGAUGCGGCGAUAGCAGUCAUUUCCCAGCUGGAUUAGGAAUACCCAAUGAAUGUAAAUGUUGCAUAUCUAACGAUGUUAAGAAAGUCGAAAUUGAACUCGAAUGCAUUGACACUGCCUAUCCAACUACAGUGAUACUUAAAAAGAUGACUAUCGAGGAGCCUACAACAUGCAUGUGUGAUACUACACCUUGUCAACCCCUUUCCUGAACACAACUUAGCUGAUGUAAUAGGACAUACUGAGGCUUCCUCCCGAAAAAGAUACUAGAUAAUCUGUCGAAAUUAUAUUGUAUUUGUAGAAUAAUUAAGAAAUAAAGCAACUUCACUAA